AUGGUGGUGAAAGAAUAUCAGCCUUUUAGUAUUGUGGAGGAUCCGGAGUUUAAAAGAUUUAUUAAUAUGUUAAAUCCGAACUACAAGCUUCCUACAAGGAAAACACUGUCCACAUCACUCAUUCCAGCGGCCUACAAGGAAACAUUGGAAGCCGUCAAAAAUCGUGUAAGUAAGGCCUUUGCAAUAUGUCUAACAGUUGAUGGAUGGACCUCCCGAGUACACGAUAGCUUCUAUAGCGUUACUGCGCACUAUAUAUCGGAAAGCAGCGAGCGAACUUUUUUGGCAUCAGAUCUGAUUACCUGUGUUUCAUAUGCUGACCGUCAUACCGGAGAAAACAUCAAAAAUAAGCUGCGUGAGAUAUGUGACGAGUGGGGAAUAGCAAAUAAAAUUGCGGUUAUAGUGACCGAUAACGCCGCAAAUAUGAAGGCUGCAGUACGUGAUGGUGGUUGGCGGCAUUGGGGCUGUUUCGCACACACUUUAAAUUUGAUUGCACAGGCAGCUCCUAUGCAUACGCCAAGCUCAAAAGUACAUCAGAAAGCAUGCAGAUUCCCAUGUUAA